CUACCUGUCACACCUGAGCCAGCAGUUUGUGUAGUCAGAGGAGCACAGACAGGGCUGCAUGCUGGGGCCUGGGCUGCCCAGCCAUGCUCUGGGCACUCUGGCCAAGGUGGCUGGCAGGUAAAAUGCUGCCCCUCCUGGGGGCAGUGCUGCUUCGGAAGAGCGAGAAGAGGGGCCCCCCUUGGAGGCACUGUUGGUGGGAAACCCACCCAUACUAUGACCUCCAGGUGAAGGUGCUGAGGGCCACAAACAUCCGGGGCACAGACCUGCUGUCCAAAGCCGACUGCUACGUGCAACUGUGGUUGCCCACGGCAUCCCCCAGUCCUGCCCAGACUAGGAUAGUGGCCAACUGCAGUGACCCCGAGUGGAAUGAGACCUUCCACUACCAGAUCCAUGGCGCUGUGAAGAACGUCCUGGAGCUCACCCUCUAUGACAAGGACAUCGUGGGCAGUGACCGGCUCUCCCAGCUCGUGUUUGACCUGAGGAGCCUCAAAUGUGGUCAACCCCACAGACACACCUUCCCACUUGACCACGAGGUACCUGCGUCUGAAGUCAUCACCAAUGGGGUUCUGGUGGCUCACCCCUGUCUGAGAAUCCAGGGCACGCUCCAGCGAGAUGGGACAGCCCCAUGUCAAGAGUUCGGCUCUAGGCAGCUCCAGCUGGCAGUGCCUGGGGCCUAUGAGAAGCCACAGCUCUUGCCUCUGCAGCCUCCUGCAGAGCCAGGCCUCCCACCCACCUUCACCUUCCAUGCGAACCCAGUGCUGAGCUCCAGGCUGCACGUGGAGCUGACGGAGCAGCUCUCGGCUGUGCAGAGUGGCCCCAGCAUGGAGCUGGAGACUCAGACCAGCAAGCUGGGCGAGGGAGGCAUCCUGCUCUCCUCUCUGCCCCUAGGCUGGGAGGAACAGCGUUCUGUGGCCCUGGGGGAGGGUCAGGAAGUGGCUCUGAGUGUGAAGGUGGAAAUGAGCUCCGCGGACCUGGACCUACGCCUUGGCUUUGACCUCUGUGAUGGGGAGCAGGAGUUUCUGGACAGGAGGAAGCAGGUUGUGUCCAAGGCCCUGCAGCAGGUGCUGCGAUUGAGUGAGGCUCCGGACAGUGGCCAGGUGCCUGUAGUGGCUGUGUUGGGUUCCGGGGGUGGAACCCGAGCCAUGUCUUCUCUGUAUGGCAGCCUGGCAGGGUUGCAGGAGCUCGGCCUCCUAGACACUGUGACCUACCUGAGUGGGGUCUCUGGAUCCACCUGGUGCAUCUCCACACUCUACAGGGACCCACUCUGGUCCCAGGUGGCCUUGCAGGGCCCCAUUGAGUGUGCCCAGGUUCGCGUCUGCAGCAGUAAGAUAGGAGCUUUGUCCACGGAGCGGCUACAGUACUAUACUCAGGAACUUGGGGUCCGGGAGCGCAGUGGCCACAGUGUGUCACUCAUCGACCUCUGGGGCCUUCUCGUGGAAUAUUUCCUGUACCAGGAGGAGAACCCUGCCAAGCUGUCUGACCAACAGGAGGCGGUCCACCAGGGUCAGAACCCUUACCCCAUUUACGCCGGUGUCAACGUCCGCACCAACAUCAGUGGGGAAGACUUUGCAGAGUGGUGUGAGUUCACCCCCUAUGAGGUCGGCUUCCCCAAGUAUGGGGCGUAUGUUCCCACCGAGCUCUUCGGCUCAGAGUUCUUCAUGGGACGAUUGCUGCAGCUCCAGCCCGAGCCCCGGAUCUGCUACCUGCAAGGUGUGUGGGGCAGUGCCUUUGCUGCCAGCCUGGAUGAGAUCUUCCUAAAGACUGCCGGCUCAGGCCUCGGCUUCCUGGAGUGGUACAGAGGCAGUGUGAAUAUCACAGACGACUGCCAGAAGCUUCAGCUGCACGACCCCUCGAGGCUUCGGACUAGGCUCCUCACCCCCCAAGGGCCCUUCUCCCAGGCUGUGCUGGACAUAUUCACCUCCCGCCUUACUUCCGCCCAGAACUUUAACUUCACCCGGGGCCUUUGCUUGCACAAGGACUAUGUGGCUGGCAGGGAGUUCGUGACCUGGAAAGACACACACCCGGAUGCCUUCCCCAACCAGCUCACUCCGAUGCAGGACUGUCUGUACCUGGUAGACGGAGGCUUUGCCAUCAACUCCCCAUUCCCACUGGCUCUGCUGCCUCAAAGAGCGGUGGACCUCAUCCUGUCCUUCGACUAUUCCUUGGAAGCCCCUUUUGAGGUCUUGAAGAUGACAGAGAAGUACUGCCUGGACAGAGGAAUCCCUUUCCCUACCAUCGAGGUGGGCCCUGAGGACAUGGAGGAGGCCCGCGAGUGCUACCUGUUUACCAAGGCCGAGGACCCCCGCUCGCCCAUCGUGCUGCACUUCCCCCUUGUUAACAGCACCUUCCGCACACACCUGGCCCCAGGUGUGGAGCGACAAACAGCUGAGGAGAAGGCCUUUGGGGACUUUAUGAUCAACAGGCCAGAUACCCCCUAUGGCAUGAUGAACUUCACCUAUGAGCCCCAGGACUUUGAUCGGCUGGUGGCCCUGAGCCGGUACAAUGUUCUGAAUAACAUGGAGACCUUGAGGUGCGCCCUCCAAAUGGCUCUGGACCGGCAGAAGGCUCGGGAGAGGAUUGGGGGCUGACCAAGGCAGGACACAGAGGACUGUGACCCAGAGGAGACACCCUGCUCAAGGCCAGGGCGUGUAGACGGAGGAGCAAUGGGAACUCUGUGCGGGGUCUGCUGCCCUUCUCUCUAGGACCUGCCUCAAGGUGCCCCAGACCCUGGAAAGCUCUUGCACAAUUGCAGCUUGGACUUGCGGCAGCGGCCUCCUCUUGGAGAAGAUGGGGCAGUAGAUCUCUCCAGGGGAUCUUGGGGAAUCGAGGACAGAAGACAGCAGCACUCAUUUCACAGCCAGGUGUGGAGAGAAUCAGGUACACCACAGGGCCCACCCCAGGCACAGAAGGACCUCAGAGGGCCCAGGUCCUCAGACCCACACAGAACAGGGGCUGAGGGUGCCGAGAUGCCAGCUGUCCUCCUCAUACCAAGAUGGAAAACAGAGACCAAUCCACCCAUACUUCCUGCAGAAUGGCCCAAGCCCCAAUCCCACCUCAAGCUCCUGGAUGCACUGCUGUCAAGAACAAGAACAAGGUGCUGGGUGG